AUGAAGUUCGAGGUUACAUCGGUCCGCGCCGCUGCUUUGGUAGCUCUUAUUGCCAGCGUUGAGGCUGCACACCAUGGCCAUCAGCACGUCCACCGUCAUGCGCCGGUCAACGCAACUCUCCAGAAAAGGGGCGGUCAGUGUGAAUUCCCAUCGGAUGCUGGUCUUGUCGCCGUGACGCCGGGUGAGAAGAACGCUGGGUGGGCUAUGAGCCCCGAUCAAGCCUGCAUGCCUGGUCACUAUUGCCCGUACGCCUGCCCCUCCGGUCAGGUCUCGAUGCAAUGGGAUCCCAAGGCUACCAGUUACAGCUAUCCUAUGUCUAUGAAUGGUGGUCUCUACUGUGACGAGAAUGGCGAAAUUCAAAAGCCAUUCCCUAACAAGGAUUACUGUGAGGAUGGGACCGGUGCUUUGCGAGCCCAGAACAAGGCCGGCAAGCCCGUGUCUUUCUGCCAGACCGUCCUUCCCGGAAACGAGGCCAUGCUGAUUCCCACUUUGGUUGAGGAGCUGACCACGCUGGCUGUCCCCGGCACAUCUUACUGGUGUGAGACUGCCGCGCAGUACUACAUCAACGCGCCCGGUGUGUCUGUUGAAGAGGGCUGCGUUUGGGGUUCUUCUUCCAACCCUGUUGGUAACUGGUCUCCUUACACUGCUGGUGCCAACACUGAUGCGGAUGGCAACACUUUUGCCAAGAUUGGCUGGAACCCUAUCUACCUGGAGCCGGCUACUCCCUUCCGCAAUACCAAGCCUGAGUUCGGUAUCGAGAUUGUGUGCGAGGGUGGCGGUUGCAAUGGUCUUCCCUGCAAGAUUGACCCCUCGGCUCACGGUGUCAACGAGAUGUCCGCAGCGGACGUUUUCACUGGUGCUGGUGGUGCUACUGGCUGUGUUGUUACUGUGCCUAGCGGCUCCAAGGCCAAUGUUGUCGUCUUCGCCGUCGACGGCAGCUCCAGUGGCGAUGAUAGUGACGAUGAUACCUCCUCGACCAGCAGCAGCUCUAGCACUAGCAGCGCCAGCCGCACCAGCAGCACCAGCACGUCUACCUCGUCUGCUUCGUCCACCAGCUCUACUCAGAGCACAACUUCCACCAGCACAACCUCCAUUUCUACCAGCUCGACGUCCAGCGCUACCGGAACUGCUACUGUGACUGCCACCUCCACCAGCAAGUACACUAAGUCUAUUCCUACUACUUCCAUGAGCUAUACCUACCGGCCCCACGUGUUCCAGCCCACCGCCAAUGCGGAAAUCGAGCCUACUGGAACUGACUCCGGCUCGGGAUCUGGCACCCAGGCCACCGCAGCCGCCGCUACCACCACCGACAAGAGCGGUGCUACCAGCGCCUCCGUCUCGAUGAUGAGCCUGGUCUUCGGCGCUGCGGCCGCAUUGGCCCUGCGCCUGUAA